AGAUUAUUAGUUAUUUGGGAAGGAUGGACUGUAAGACUGAAUCAAUUAGGGAGCGCAGUGGCGGUGCAUGAGAGAGAGAGAGAGAGCGCAAACACUCCACACACACACGCAUGCAUGCAUACGCACUGAGGAUUAGAGGCGCUUCAAAAGUAAAGAGGACCCUAAACAGUGCUCAGUGGAGAAUUGUACAGGAGUACGGCCAUUCAGCUUUUUUUUUUUCGUCGAGGGAACAUACAAAAGGAUUUUUAAAAAAAAGCUGAACACAACCUAAGCAACAAUGUGGAUACUGAAGACACAUCUCCUUUUGGGGGUUGUCUUCUUCACAAUAUUGCAAAAUGGGGUGUGUGAACUGUCUCCUCCAAUCAUCGUUUCGGACAGAGAGGAGUUUGUUUUAGAGCUGCACUCAGUGUUUAACAUCAGCUGUACAGGGAAGAGGAGCGUCACGUGGGAAGAGCCACUACCAGCUGACACACAUGUGCUACCUGGGUAUUACACGGCCAUGCUGAUGAUUGACAGCGCCACAGCUCAGCACACAGGAGAGUACAUGUGCAUUUAUGAGACCUCAGAAAAUGAGGAGCCAGACAACAUAGCCAGCAUCUACAUUUUCGUCCCAGACCCUCAAGUUCCAUUCGUUCCUGAGAAUUCCACAGAAGUCUCCCAGUAUAACAUUCCUUGCCGGACCACAGAUCCUCAAUCUGCUGUGAUUCUACGGAGUCUACCAAGUGGAAAUGUGCUCUCAUAUGCCUAUGAUCAGAAGCUUGGAUUCAUGGGUAUCUUUUCUCCUGGCCAGUACGUGUGUGAGACUGUUGUGAAUGGUGACAUGGUACGGAGCAUGGUGUACACAGUGGUGAACAUGCCAAUUGAAUCAGAUGUGUUUAAUGUGAUGGAGAAGGAUUUUAGUGUGAAACUGACAGCCAGUCAGGAGGAGAUAAAAGAGGGAGAACCUUUCAGUCUGACCUGCACAGCUCCACCUGGAAAUUUCUACAUCCAGGAAUGGUUGCAUCCCAGUAAAGAGGCUGUAGGUGCUAUUCAGAAGAAGGAGACCUACCCUGAUAAAGUUUUGUAUAUCCUCAGUAUCUCCCAUGCCACAACGAAUGACACUGGUUUCUACGAAUGCUCUGUCACAGAGCAGUCCAGCGGCAAAAUCCGCUCCUCCCAAGUGACCAUCACUGUCCAUGAGGGUUCUUUUGUUACUCUGGAUCACAGUGGGAUUGGACCAGUAGAAACCAUCUCUCUCCUGGAGGAAGCUGAAUUCACCAUUUACAUCAAUACUGAUGGUGUUCCCAAAGUCACGUGGUUUAAAGAUGAUCAUGUACUGAAUAGUAAUUAUAUAACCACCAAGACCACUCUUCUAGUAGACAAAAGGUACGAGAGUGUUUUGGUUCUGCAGCAGCCUGUAGAAGAGGACAGUGGAACAUAUAAGAUUGUGGCAUCAGCUGGUUCACAGAGUAAAGAGUUCUCCUUCAAGCUCUAUGUUAAAGCUGGUGAGCCCCAGAUAAUGCAGUCCAUGCUGGCCCCAGUAAUCUGGCCCAGGAAAGACACUAUGGUGGUGUUCCUUCACUCCAUGUUCAGACUGACAUGUCGGGGCCAAUCAGAGGUGGUCUGGGAAGGUCCCGUCCCCCUUGACAAGCAGAAGUUAGAUGAUAAGAAAGGCUUGUUCGUCUCCACAGUGACUGUGGACAAUGCUACAGCAGCACACACAGGACAAUACACCUGUUUCUACAAGAAAGGGAAUCAGACGGAUGACAGCAGCAUCUACAUCUUUGUGCCAGAUCCGAACAUGACAUUCCUGCCCCCCCUGUUGCCUUUUGGGCACCAUGUGCUGAAGAGCCCAGAGGAGAUGGAGGUUCCAUGCCGCGUGUCUGAUCCGAGUGUUCCUGUGACGCUAUUCCAUGUGGAGACUCAGCAGAUCAUGCCUGCUGAGUAUGACCCCAAGAAGGGGUUUCAAGGCAACUUCAUGCCUGGGACAUAUGUGUGUCAAGCCCUUGUGAAUGGAGAACUGCAAAAGAGCGAGAAUUACAUUGUUCAUGGCUGGAUAGGGGGCUCAGGGCUGCAUGUAGAGCUAAAGGUGGAGAGGAAGGCUCUGCUGGCUGGGGAAACCCUCAUAGUAAAUUGUAUAGCCAAAGGCAGUGACUUGCUGGAACAACAAUGGAAAUAUCCUGGAAAGAUGGCGGACCGUGCCAAGACGUCAGUAAAGGAGAACAAGAAAGACCAGGAAAUCUAUUACACCCUGAUUGUGUCUGAUGCCAGAACUAAAGACAGUGGAAAUUAUGCCUGUUCCAUCACUGACAUUAUGAGCAAUGAGGGUCAAACCAAAGAGCUCACCAUUACUGUCUAUGAGAUGGAGUUUGUAUCUCUAGCGCCAAUGUUUGCCCCUGUGGAGACGGCCAAACUGAAUGACGUUCGUGAGUUCCAAGUGGAAAUUGAGUCUCUUCCUGCACCCAAAGUCACAUGGCUGAAGGAUGGCGUUGUACUGGGUGAUAAUGCUGCCGAGUUGACUACCUCCCUCCGGGCGAUCAGUGAGACAAGGUACCAGAGUACCCUCGCUCUGAUUAGAGCUAAGGCCGAGGACAGUGGCAGCUACACGGUGCGAGCUGAGAUAGGCAACCAGAGCGUCAGCCACUCGUUCAUCCUUCAAGUCAAAGUUCCUGCUGUAAUUGUGGACCUGCUGGAUCUACACCAUGGCUCAGAGACAGGCCAGGCUGUGGUCUGUGUUGCCGGAGGAUCUCCUGUCCCUGAGGUGGAGUGGUACAUCUGUAAAAACAUUAAACAGUGUUCCAAUGACUCAAACGAGUGGUCACCUCUUCAGACCAACACCACUGGCAUCACCAUUGAGACGCACAUGGACAAGGACAACCAGUUGGAGAGUCAGGUGAUCUUUGGGCAUCUGGAGAACACGCUGGCCGUGCGCUGCCUGGCGCGCAAUGAGAUGGUUGCUGUGUCCCGCGAGAUUAAACUGGUGUCCAGUGGUCCACACUCAGAGCUCACUGUGGCGGCUGCUGUUCUGGUGCUGUUGGUUAUUGUCAUCAUCUCACUCAUUGUGCUGGUCAUUAUCUGGAAACAGAAACCACGCUAUGAGAUCAGGUGGCGUGUCAUUGAGUCAGUCAGUCCAGAUGGGCAUGAGUACAUCUAUGUGGAUCCCAUGCAGCUGCCCUAUGACACACGCUGGGAGUUCCCACGUGAUGGCCUUGUCCUUGGCCGUAUUCUGGGCUCAGGGGCCUUUGGGAAGGUGGUGGAAGGCACUGCGUAUGGACUCAGUCGUUCUCAGCCAGUAAUGAAGGUUGCAGUGAAGAUGCUCAAACCAACGGCUCGCUCCAGUGAGAAGCAAGCACUGAUGUCGGAGCUGAAGAUCAUGACUCACCUGGGGCCCCACCUUAACAUUGUCAACCUGCUGGGCGCAUGCACCAAAUCAGGUCCUAUCUACAUCAUUACCGAGUACUGUUUUUAUGGAGACCUGGUGAACUACCUGCAUAAGAACAGAGAUAGCUUCCUGAGUCGGCAGGCUGAGAAAGGCAAGAAGGACCUGGACAUCUUUGGCAUCAAUCCAGCUGAUGAGAGCAGCAGAAGCUACGUGAUCCUGUCAUUUGAGGAGAAAGGAGAAUACAUGGAUAUGAAGCAGGCGGACACAAUGCAAUACGUCCCCAUGUUGGAGAGGAGCAAUGCCUCCAAAUACUUCGACCUUCAGAGAGAUGACUAUGAUCACCCUCCCUCUCACAAACACAUCAAUGAAAGUGAGGUAGAAAAGCUUCUCUCGGAUGACUGUGAGCGUUUGACCACAAUGGAUCUUCUUAGCUUCACCUAUCAAGUGGCCAGAGGGAUGGAGUUCCUGGCCUCCAAAAAUUGUGUUCACAGAGAUUUGGCGGCUCGAAAUGUCCUGUUGUCUCAUGGGAAGAUUGUGAAGAUCUGUGACUUUGGGCUGGCCAGGGACAUUAUGCACGACAAUAACUAUGUAUCCAAAGGAAGUACCUUUCUUCCAGUCAAAUGGAUGGCCCCUGAGAGCAUCUUUGAUAACCUGUACACCACUCUGAGUGAUGUCUGGUCUUAUGGCAUUUUACUAUGGGAGAUCUUUUCUUUGGGUGGGACCCCUUACCCUGGCAUGAUUGUGGACUCCAGCUUCUAUAACAAGAUCAAGAGUGGCUACAGGAUGGCCAAACCUGAGCAUGCCUCCAGUGAUGUUUAUGAGCUGAUGGUGAAGUGUUGGAACAAUGAGCCAGAGAAGAGACCCUCAUUCCAUAGUCUGAGUGACAGUGUGGCCACACUGCUACCAUGCGGAUACAAGAGGAGCUACGAGCGAGUAAAUAACGACUUCCUGAAGAGCGACCACCCAGCAGUGACCCGCAUGCAGUGUGUGCAGAGCGAUGAGACCUAUUUGGGUGUGGCCUAUAAGAACCAAUGCAAGAUGAGGGAGCGUGAAAGCGGCUUCGAAGAGCAGAGACUAAGCUCAGACAGUGGCUAUAUCAUCCCACUGCCCGACCUUGACCCCCUUUCCGACGAAGAAUACACCAAAAGGAACCGUCACAGCUCUCAGACAUCUGAGGAGAGUGCUAUAGAGACAGGUUCGAGCAGCUCCACCCUGCCCAAGCGGGAAGGAGAGACUUUGGAGGAUAUUACACUGCUGGAUGAGAUGUGCCUGGACUCGGGGGAUCUGGUGGAGGACAGCUUCCUGUGAGAAUGAGGCAAAGAGAGAAAAAGAGGAUGAGAGAGACCUUAUUUAGCAAUUCAUCCAAAAGGGAGGAGGGGAAAAGGGCUAAAAUGCAAGCAUCAAUACAAGAACUCUUCUGAAUAGCCCUUUUCUAUCUCCCACCUGUUCUCUGAACUCUUGCUCCCCUGUGAAAAAAGAGACUCUUCACUGCCUGGAUGUCCUGUGAAGGUCAGCUAUAAUUAGAGACAGCGUCCUCUACUGGCUCAGAGGAUGGUCUGGUAAAAGACUAUGUGCGUACUCAAACUAUGAGGAAUAAGGAAAUACAGAAUAUUAACAUUUUGUAUAGAAUUUAUUUUGAUGGGCAUUCAGUACAGUGAAUUAAGCAGGAAUGUAUCAAGAUCUGAGCAUACUAUUUUAUAUUCCAUAACCAGUUGAUUUACAAAUGAGUCAGUCUGAGCUUUCAAUGACCACUACCAAAGUCCUUAUAGGCACCACUUGGCAGCCAUCUUGGUAACGCCCCCAAGAAGUUAUUUCAGGCUAACGAGGUCACGUCCCAAUCUAAAUUAAUGGGGAGAGAGCCAUAACUGCACUUAUCAAUGCCCACUGUGACAUAAAAACUGCAUGUAUAGAGUUUGCAGUCAAAUCUGAUAAAAACCACUUCAAAAAUUUGGUGACUUUUCCCCAAAAUAAGAUUUAAAAAGCUCCCCUGCCCCCAAAGGUUAUACUUCUAUUACGCAUGCACAAGGAUGCUAUGUGCAACAACACGAUUGGUUUAAUAUGUUUCCCGGUUUGGCUGUUAUAAUGCAGAUGAUUGGCUUUUUGGGGGAAGAGGCAAGAUAUGUGCAUACAACAACCAUCUUUGGCAUUACAGACUUCUUUAGAUUUCUUUUCAGGAUUCUUUAAGUGGUUUGUCUCCUCUCUUAAUAUGUCUCUGCCACUACACCUGGACAAAAGAACUGACCUGAUGUAGUUUUUUCCAUUCACAUUCCACUCACAUCCAUUUCCCAGUACACUGCAUUAAAAAGCACAAACUUAUCUUUUUUUUUUUAAUACUACAUAUAUAGAUCCUGAAGCUAAUCAUACAGUAUAUCGUCCAUGACACAAUAAGUGCAGCAGUUUGAGUUAGAUUUUUUUUUUACAUAUUACUGAGUAUAAAUGUGUAAUAUUUUGUGAAUAUUGGGAAGGGAAGGGAGACGUUUUUAUGGUCCUAGAUGAAGAAAACUGCAAUAUUGCUUUGACUUUUGUAGAUCACACAAACCUCACAUUAUUGCAACUUUGACACAUUACAGUAAAACCAUACCAAAGUGUGGAUCAAAGAUUAAACAUUCUGUUCAGUGUAUCAAGCAGAAGCGAUGGCAAUAUUCCAAGAUUUUUACCAGUGUUACAGUACACAGAAACUGUGUUUUUACCCUGUGGCAGUGAUGAACUAAUCACUUCAGUGACAGGAUAAACCAUGUGGUAGCUUGAUUGGCAUUUAAAGGCCAAAUGUUGACAAUAAGCUGGAAUGUUUUGACGUUCUGUAUAAAAUAAUGCAACAUAGUCAUCUAUUUACGAUUUCAAUACUCUGAACCUAAAAUAUAUUACAGUGGCUGGUUUAGAUGUACCCAAAGGUGUCCUUUCAUACUUUCAGCUUUCUUUUAAAGCUUUAGACCUGUUAGCACAAUAACCGUAGUAAUAUUGUUACUUAGCAAGGAAGAGCGCUACGGGGAAAAAAAAGAAGAAAAAAACCUUCUUUGCAAGAGGAAACAUCUUGAAUAUAGUUGUCUAAUAUUUCUUAUAAGAUUACAAGAACCCAAAGAUUAUUAAACUUAUUUCUAGACAUUUUCUACAAAGUUUAAGGUUUAAAAUGCCUUAUUCUGUUGGCAGAUAGUUUUUUCUUGCUUCUUCUUCUGUUAGACAUACAUAAAUGCUUAAAUAAAAUAAUUAAAUGUGAAAUCAGUAAAAAAAAAAAAAUCUAUAAAUAGGUAUAAUAAUCAUAUUUGUUUUUAUUGUAAUCUUAUGAUCUAUUAGAUGUGUUUCCUAUUUCCUAUUGAUAUUUUCACCUGAUGUCAUAUUUUGCAUUGAGAGGGUCUGUGGUGUUCAUAAUAUUAUAUUACUAACAUGCAAAAGAUGCUUAUCCGCAGACAAUAUUGAAAUUCCGUUCUGAUCCUGUGCACUGAUGCUGGACACUAUGGGCCAUAAAACCCUGGUAUUCCAGGUUUUACAUAUAAACCGAAACCUACAGUGUAUAUAUACACCAACAAACGUCCAGCCUCGGUGCAUAUAACGUCUAAAGCUGAGCUGAUUUCCAUCUCACCUGUUGUGUACAGUCGUCCUGAAGCAUGGUAGAGAGUCUCUGUGUAGCUAAUUUGAUGUUAUACAUCACUGCACGGAUUAAAUGGGUUUUUCAAUGUAUAGUUCUCAAUGUAAGAAUCCAGCAAUCCACUGCCUCCCUCUGAGUGUAUAUCCACUGUGAUCUACUCAAUGGGCAUGAAGAAAAAAAAACUGUUGCACUUUUUAGACCCUUCUUUUGUUACUUUUUUCUAUCAUUGUAUGUUUGUUUGAAGAGUUUAUAUAAUGAGCAAAUACAUUUCAUGAGAUUUAUUUGGUUUUAAAAUGCCUCCAGUUUCUGAUCUAAAGACAGCAGACUGAGUGUUGUACAGGAAGAGACGGUUAAUAGAAGAGUGGUAUGAAUUAUACUCCAUGGUACAGUAUGUGUAAUAAUAGGUAGUUAUUCGCAGUACAAGAUGUUAUCCUCCUGUUUUAUUAUGAGUUACAUCUAUGUCCAUUCAGAUGAUUUAUAUUUCAAUAAAUGAGAUUUAAUAAUAUGA